UCGCAUUUGUGGAGGAGGCAGCGCGCCCCCUCGGUUGUGUCCGCACUGGCCCCGUGGCUACCUUAAAAAGUCGCCUUCCCUUGGAGGGGAAACGGGUAGAGUUCAAUCUCGUCGGAGUGAUACCCAGAUCCGGACAGAAAGGGUCGUUUUUAUCAUGCUCCUGUUUGUCGUGACGAUGCAAUUUUCAAAAGCGGAGCACUGUCAUAAAGUGACAUGUCUGCCACAAGUGCUCCAACUGAUCUUUUCAAUUAGCCUUCCAUGCAUGAUCCGGGGCGACUUCCGCCUAUUUCCAGAAAUUAAGCUCAAACUUGACGUGCAGCUAGUUUUAUUUUAAAGACAAAUGUCAGAGAGACUCAUCAUAUUUCCCCCCUCUUCUAUAUUUGGAGCUUAUUUAUUGCUAAGAAGCUGAGGCUCCGGGAGUCAAUUUAGCAGGAGGCUCCAAAGAGAGGAGGAGAGCAGAACAGAGACACACAGAGAGUCCAGACCUUCUCCAGGGAGCCUUUGCCUCCAGAGCCUAGAGCUGCAGGUCACAGCGGCGUGAAUCAGCUCGGCGGUGUGUUUGUCAACGGCCGGCCGCUGCCAGAUUCAACCAGACAGAAAAUCGUCGAACUCGCCCACAGCGGGGCUCGGCCGUGCGACAUCUCCCGAAUCCUGCAGACCCAUGCAGAUGCAAAAGUCCAAGUGCUGGACAAUCAAAACGUAUCGAAUGGCUGUGUGUCGUCGAUCAACAGAGUCCUCCGCAACCUGGCUAGCGAAAAGCAACAGAUGGGUGCCGAUGGGAUGUAUGACAAGCUAAGAAUGCUGAACGGUCAGACUGGGACUUGGGGCACGAGACCUGGGUGGUACCCGGGGACAUCCGUUCCAGGACAGCCGACGCAAGAUGGCUGUCCACAGCAAGAAGGAGGGGGUGAAAAUACUAACUCCAUCAGUUCAAAUGGUGAAGAUUCAGAUGAAGCCCAGAUGAGACUCCAGCUGAAAAGAAAACUGCAGCGAAAUCGGACAUCCUUCACCCAAGAACAAAUAGAAGCGCUUGAGAAAGAAUUUGAGAGAACUCAUUAUCCCGAUGUGUUUGCCAGGGAGAGACUAGCUGCCAAAAUAGACUUACCUGAAGCAAGAAUACAGGUGUGGUUUUCCAACAGGAGGGCAAAGUGGAGACGGGAAGAGAAACUAAGGAAUCAGAGAAGGCAAGCCAGCAACACCCCCAGUCACAUUCCCAUCAGUAGCAGUUUCAGCACAAGUGUUUACCAACCAAUCCCCCAGCCCACAACACCUGUUUCCUCUUUCACAUCAGGUUCAAUGCUGGGCAGGACAGACACCGCGCUAACAAACACAUACAGUGCUUUGCCACCCAUGCCUAGCUUCACAAUGGCUAACAACCUGCCUAUGCAACCCCCAGUACCCAGCCAGACUUCCUCUUACUCUUGCAUGCUGCCCACAAGUCCGUCAGUGAAUGGGAGGAGCUAUGAUACAUACACCCCUCCUCACAUGCAGACACAUAUGAACAGCCAGCCAAUGGGCACUUCUGGCACAACCUCAACAGGUCUUAUUUCCCCUGGAGUAUCAGUUCCUGUUCAAGUUCCUGGCAGUGAACCCGAUAUGUCUCAAUAUUGGCCAAGAUUACAGUAAACCAUGUGUUGAUUUUAUAAAUGGCCCUAUGGACAACAGUUGGAUGUUCAGCUGUAUUUUCUAAAAGAAGAAUGGCUUUCAAAGUACUUCUGUACUGCAACUGUGCCCUACGAUGCAACACAUGGAGAAAGACUUUAAUAUGGACCUUUGUAUACUGAAGGCAUUAUAUCACUUGGAACAAAUCUUCAUUUUGGUAUCCAAACUUUUAUCCAUUUUUGGUGUAUUAUUUGUAAAUGGGCAUUUGUAUGUUAUAAUGAAAAAGAACAAUGUAGACUGAAUGGAUGUUUGCUUUUGUGUUGGUCAUGAAGUUGUGUUUUU